AUGUUGUUUCAGACCAAAAGGAGAAGGAAAGGAGGAAAAGAAUGCAGAGAAAGCUACAUCUCUCCCUUCAGAAAGCCUUUGACACAGUUGACCAACCAGCCUGUAUCAUGUGUGGACAGCAAUGCACACGUGAGUGGUCAUUUUGAGGCAUAAAUGUCUUUGACAAGUGUGUGGCAUGUGAUCACACAAACAAUCAAUAUAAUGCUGUUAUAGACAUGUAAUCGCCAAUCCUUUGAAGUACUUUGCUCAUCAAUGUCUUGUCUUUACAGGAAGCCUUCAUUCGAAGUAUUCUCUCAAAACCUUUUAAAAUCCCCAUCCCCAAUUACACAGGUAAGUAAAUAUGUCAAAUCAAUGUUGCUACCCUAGUUCUUCUCUAUAUGACUUUAUCUUUAGGAACAGCCUCAGUACAUUAUAUUACGCUGAGUAAUGGAUCUAUCUAUUACAUUGGGAUUGUGUUUGUUCUAUAGGCUCUCUGGGGAUAAGAGCACUGGGACUGAAGCGUGCGGGGGUGAGGAAGUCUCUUCACGACCCAUUUGAAGACGGUGCACUGGUCCUCUAUGAGCCUCCAGUGCUGAGCGCUCAUGAGCUGAUAAAAUCAGAGAAGUGAGUUCAUCCCAAUAUUUAGGGAGGGAUUAGAAAACAUGUUGAUGUGAAGUCAGUAGCUCACAGUUAUGGGGAGGGAGAGAUUAGAAAAACAUGUUGAUGUGAAGUCAGUAGCUCACAGUUAUGGUGAGGGGAGGGAGAGAUUAGAAAAACAUGUUGAUGUGAAGUCAGUAGCUCACAGUUAUGGUCUCAUAUCAUUAUAAAGAUCACAGACUUUGGUGAUACCUUUGCACAAAAUGACAUGUUGUAGUAGAACUUUAUUCACAUGUCUCUAUGUGUGCAGAGAGAAGCUGCCUGUACACGUUGUUGUGGAUCCAGUACUUGGAAAGGUCCUCAGACCCCAUCAGAGAGAGGUACAGUCUCUUUGUAAAUAUUGAUACUUUCUGUGUCCCAAAUGGCACCCUAUAUAGUGCACAACUUUUGACCAGGGCCCAGUGCACACUUAAUUGUAUUUGUGUAUAGUUUUGUUUCUAUUAACCAGAUUUUGUUGUAUUCUGUGUCAGGGAGUGAAGUUCCUGUGGGACUGUGUGACUGGGAGACGUAUCGCCGACUCGUAUGGCUGCAUCAUGGCUGAUGAGAUGGGGCUGGGGAAAACCCUGCAGUGUAUUGCCCUCAUGUGGACCCUGCUGCGCCAGAGUCCUGAUGCCAAGCCUGAGAUAGACAAGGCCAUCGUUGUUUCACCCUCCAGUCUUGUUCGUAACUGGUACAACGAGGUGGGAAAGUGGCUGGGCGGACGCAUCACACCGGUGGCCAUCGAUGGGGGAUCCAAGGAGGAGAUUGACAGAAAAAUAGGUAGGUUUGUUUUGACUAUUACGCAUUAUUCCUGUUGUGGCAAUACUUUUAGCAGUUGCAUGGUUGUUCCCAGGACUCCGGUUGUUCCCAGGACUCCCUGGGAAAACAGUGGCAAUUGUUACUUAGUGGACUAUUCAGGCUAAAUAAAUAAGAAUGACAUGAAAUGUUAACAUUGAACUGGGUUUAUGUGCUUGACAGUGAACUUCAUGACCCAGCAUGGCUUGAGGGUUCCUACUCCAAUCCUGAUAAUUUCAUACGAGACGUUCCGGCUUCAUGCUGAAGUUCUGCACAAAGGCAAAGUGGGACUUGUCAUCUGCGAUGAGGUACAGUGACGAGGAGAUCUAGUCCAAUAUUCACAAAGUGGUGCUGAUUUAGGAUCAGGUCCCCACUCUUAUUCAUUACUUAUUCAUUAUGAUUCAAAAGGCAAAACUGAUCCUAGAUCAGCACUCCUACUUUGAGAUGUUUUAUGAACACAGUUCCUGGUUCUUAGGCUUCUGCUUUGGUUUUGGAUUGAUGUUAUCCUCAAAUGGACGAUAUACAAGUUGUAAUACAUUGUGUUAAUUUCCAGACUUGAUUUAACGUGAUUAUGUCCAUAACGCCUUGUUCCUUGUGCACCCUGUAGGGUCAUCGGCUGAAGAACUCAGACAACCAGACGUACCAGGCUCUGAAUGCUAUGAGUGCCCAGAGGAGAGUGCUGAUCUCAGGCACUCCCAUUCAGAACGACCUGCUGGAAUACUUCAGUCUGGUGCACUUUGUCAACGCUGGCAUCCUGGGUAAGCUGACACUACUUACAACUACAUGGAGGCAAAUGGACAAAAAUCUAUAAAAGGUUUAUCUCAAAAUGGCAGAAUUUCUGACAUAUGUAUGCUUUCUGAAAAGACGGGAGAGACACACUUUAAAUUAGGUCAGUUAGAUCUCCCCUUCUCUUCCUUCUAACUGUAUACCCCCCCCAAAUAAAAAUAAAAAACUGUCCUCCUGUGGUUUUUGUUUCCCCUCUCAGGAACAGCCCAGGAGUUUAAGAAGCGUUUUGAGCUCCCCAUCCUGAAGGGUCGUGAUGCAGACGCCAGCGGCAAAGACAGGCAGGCUGGAGAGGAGAAACUCAAGGAGCUGAUCAGCAUUGUCAAUGGGUAAACCUCACAGCCUCACACAUUGCUGAAGGCUUAAUAGUUAGUUACAUACAACUGUUGGACACAACAUACAACACAAUGGACAUCUGUAUGGUCGUGUGUAUUUUCAGACUAUCUAUCUAAUACAUCUUUGUCUGGCUGAAGCGCAGACCCACAUCGUACACAGCGAGCAAGUCGGUCGCUUUAGUCAGGCAAAACGUAUCUGCUUUUUUCAGAAUAUUAGUUUUUUCAGAAUAAAAAUAACAUAACUACUUAAUAGGUCCGGGACAAUACCAGUUCGUGAUACUCGUUAGUAUCGUGGCAAGGAAACAAAACAUGAAUCUUUAGGAAAACCGCCCUAAUGUUGAAAACAAACAUCAUUAUGUUGUCAUCCAGAGUCACAUUGAUUUAUUUUCCAAACUAUAGCACACAAUAUUUUACAUACAGCAGGUUUUUAAAGGACCAAAUAGUUCAGUCUGCUUCGUGUUUUCAUUUUUGCCAUGGAAAAACUUUUGUGAUACUGGUAUCGUCACAGCCCUAUACUUAAUGUUUUUCUCUCCUUGGUGGUUUUAGAUGCUUGAUCAGGAGAACCUCAGACAUCCUCUCCAAGUAUCUUCCUGUUAAGAUCGAACAGGUCGUCUGUUGCAGGUAACUCUUCCGUUUUUAAUAUGUAUUUUUACAUAUUAAGAUUGUAUUAUGUGUAUCGAUUGCAACUGACCACUGAUAAUGGUAUUUCUGAUGGUAUUAACAAGUGUGUUUUAGUGUCACAAAUAACACUCACAUAAUGAUGCCGUCGUUCAACUAAUUGCAAGUGUAUACUACCUGAAUAGUCAUUACAGGCGUAUAGGGACACUUUAAUAUACAAGUUAACAUUUGUAUUGAAAUACUAUAGAAUAAAAAUAAGUUGAUGCUGGAUAGUGAACAAUGCCAAAAAAGCCUUUGUGCAACCAAACUUCCAGAAGUAAUCAAGGCACUCAUUUAGUGGAUAGAUUUAAAAGCCUGUACUGUUCACGGCUUAACAUUUGCGUGUUUUUUGCAGGCUGACCCCCCUCCAGUCAGAGUUGUAUAAACUGUUCCUGAGGCAGGCCAAGCCCUUACAGACACUGCAGCAGCAGGGCAAGAUCAGUGUCUCCUCUCUGUCCUCCAUCACCUCUCUCAAGAAGCUCUGUAACCGUAAGUGUCCAAACAACAAAUCCACUGGUGCUUUCUUAUAUGAAUUGUCUUUCAACCUCCCGAGUGGCGCAGUGGUCUAAGGCUGUGCCACUAGAGAUCCUGGUUCGAAUCCAGGCUCUGUCGUAGCCGGCCGCGACCGGGAGACCCAUGGGGCGGCGCACAAUUGGCCCAGCGUCGUCCAGGGUAGGGGAGGGAAUGGCUGGCAGGGAUGUAGCUCAGUUGGUAGAGCAUGGCGUUUGCAACGCCAGGGUUGUGGGUUCGUUUCCCACAGGGGGCCAGUAUGAAAAAAAAUAAUAAUAAUGUAUGCUCUGGAUAAGAGCGUCUGCUAAAUGACUAAAAAUGUAAAUGUCUUUAUUUUAGUAUUGUGUUUUAUUUUAAUAUUGGUGAUGUCCUCCCUGACUUGAAACAACUUGUUUUUGGUGAUGUGUGUGGAUAUCCAUUUCUUAGAUGUUUAGUUUUGCGUCAGUGUUUGUUGGUCUGUUUAUAUUGUGUGACAUGUAAUUUUUAUUUUCUCCUUUGCCUCACAGACCCAGCUCUCAUCUAUGAUAAGUGUGUGGAGGGAGAUGAGGGCUUCGAUGGGGCCCUGGAUCUCUUCCCUCCAGGAUACUCCACCAAGGCUGUGGAGCCACAGCUCUCUGGUAAGAACACAUUAUUUUGUUUUAGGAAUGAUUAGGGACAGGUAACACUUACAGCUUGCAGAUAUAAUUCAGUACGAUGCCGUUUUAAUGCAUUGUCAUGAGCAUGUACAGUAUUAUCCCCUUAUAAUGAAUUAUAAACACCCCAUUGUUAAUAUGGGAUCUAUAAUGACGUUGAUCUUUCCUCCAGGUAAAAUGCUGGUUCUGGACUAUAUCCUGGCCAUGACCAGAAGCACCACUAGUGACAAAGUGGUGUUGGUCUCCAACUACACACAAACACUGGACCUCUUUGAGAAGCUCUGUCGAACUCGAAGGUAAGGGCGAAACUGACACGGGAGCUGUUACAUCCAUCGUUUUUUCAGUUAUUCUUGAAAAUGAACUUUGAGAAGGGAAAGAAACCGCUUUCUUCUUUUGAUCAGAUACCUCUACGUUCGGCUUGAUGGCACAAUGUCCAUCAAGAAGAGGGCAAAGAUAGUGGAGAGGUUCAACAGCCCAUCUGUAAGUAGUGAACAUGUUGUAAAUGGCAUCUUACUAUAAGAGUCUGUGUGUUUUACAUUUUAGUCAUUUAGCAGACGCUCUUAUCCAGAGCGACUUACAGUUAGUGAGUGCAUAUAUUAUUAUUAUUUUUUGUAAUUUUUUCAUACUGGCCCCCUGUGGGAAGUGAUCAUAAGUAUUUACAUGACAUCUCUCUCACGCUCAGAGCCCAGAAUUCAUAUUUAUGCUGAGCAGCAAAGCUGGGGGGUGUGGCCUGAAUCUGAUUGGUGCUAAUCGCUUGGUGAUGUUUGACCCUGACUGGAACCCAGCCAAUGACGAGCAGGCCAUGGCUCGAGUCUGGAGAGACGGACAGAAAAAGACCUGCUACAUCUACAGACUUCUUUCAGUGAGUAGAACAGAGAACGACAAGAGUAUCAUACUGAAAAGUGGUCUUUUCAAAUACGUUAAUUCAUUAAUUGGAUUUAUAUCGCUUUUCCAAGUGCUUGGAAGGGGGGACUCACCUCAUCCACCCAGGAACAGUAUGGAACAUGGUUUAUAGUGGAUGGUGGUAUUUGCAAUUGUGUUUUAAGUCACGUGAAUGGCUGACAGUUGCUGUGUGUGAAUGUGUGUUCCUGCAGACAGGGACGAUUGAGGAGAAGAUCCUUCAGAGGCAGGCUCAUAAGAAGGCUCUGAGCAGCUGUGUGGUGGAUGAGGAGCAGGAUGUGGAGAGACACUUCUCUCUGGGGGAGCUACGAGAACUCUUCCAUCUCAGUGAGGAGACCACCAGUGACACGCAUGACAGGUACACACACACACACACACAACCGGUACAAACACAGUUCGCAGCAGUAGGCAGAGCCCAUUGACACUAAUUUAAAGAUAGUUGCGGUCCAUUCUUGGAUGUUGUUGUUGCAUCCUCCCUCUUUUUGGAAGAGUUCAAGUAUAAUUUAAAAGCUCUUAUGUGUUUGAGACUUACCUUAAUCACAACAGUUGUAUUUGUCCUCUGACGUGAACUAUUCUGUCUCCUGUGCCCCUGCCAGGUUCCGCUGUCGGCGUUGUGUGAAUGGGCGACAGGUGCGGCCCCCUCCUGAGGACUCUGAUUGUACCUGUGACCUGUCCCAGUGGCAACACUGCUCUGACAAGAGGGGCCUGAGAGACCCUGUACUGCAGGCCUCCUGGGAUGCUGCCGUCUCCUUUGUCUUCCACCAGCGCUCCCACGAGGACCAGAGAGGGGUCGUGUGACAGCCAGGCAGCCUGAGACAACCAGGAGUCAUGGUAUUGGACGAGAGGGCCUAGCCCUGAACCAAGGACGGCCAACCAGCACGCAGGAGCAACGUUACUGGACAAGAGGGCCCAGGAAAACAGUCUGUGCUGUCCUUGGGACGUCCCUACCCUAAACCGCUACCCCUUUAAA